UUGGCGAUGGUCCGCGCGUUGCGAACCGCUUUACUACAUUUUCCCGAACUUACGAUUGAAAGCUUACGAAAAAUUAAAAGGCUUUCAAUUCAAGGAGGAAAAUUUAACUGACUUUUUAAUAAAUAUUGAAAGUUUAAACUAAGUAUUAGUAUAGUAAUAAAUUAUAUUUUGAAAUAAUUUUAUGUUAAAAACUUAUUUCCUGGUGUACCCCAUUAACUGAAGUGUUUACGUGGUGAUCAAAAUACGUUUGUUGAUUUUUCCGAGUGAUGUGAUAGUGAUCUGUGCAGUGAAGUGUCACACCCGAGGUACUUAUGAAGCGCAAACUAUGUGUAACACCAUCCUUCACGUGUGACGACGACAUGGAGGAGCUGAAUGUGGCAGCAUUAUCACACCGCAAGGAGUCGGCGGCGCCGCUGACGGCAGAGAGGGACGGCACUAUCUUCCGUCACCCUCUGUCGUACCCCCUCGCGUUGGUGCUACGACUUCGGGUUUUGCAGAUCGUAUGCGGCAUUUCCACGCUGGUGAUGGGUAGUGUUGCGUUCAUCGAGGAGCGACACAAAUUCAACAUGGGGCUCGGUAUACCGGCCGGAAGUCUUAGUGUGUUAGCAGCAGCGGUCUCAAUACACACGUCACGUGGUUGGGGCGUCUCCAGCGGUGCUAGUGCGGGCACAGCAGCGGCGAUACUGUGGGCUGCUUCAAGCUGUCUCCUGAUAGCAUUGAUAGUGCAGUGCUCAAGGACCAUACUCGACCCUCCUGGCUUCAACCAUGGGGACGGUCCCGACGAAGAAGCAAAGCCAUCAUCGCGCGACCUAGUCGUCAUAGCGUGCGUGCAAAUCGCUCUCGCGGCCGCGACGCUGCUGAGUGCGGUGAUCUGCGCGCGCAUCGACUGCAGCGCAUGACGCGAGCCGGCGGGCGCCCUCGCGCGGCGCCGCGUCAGCGAGGCGCCCGCCUCCGCGCCCGCUCCCGCUCCCGCUCCCAGCGUGCCGCCGCCCGACGCUGAACGCGAGAAAGGAGGACGCGUUGCCUGGCUUAUUUAGACUUUUACCCAAGUGACGAUUUUCUUUCUUUUUCCCUAAAAACCCUUUUAAAAAAAAAGGAAAAACGAAACCCUCAUAGGAUCACUUUGUUGUUUGUCUG